AAAUCGACCAUGUCUUUAGCAAGCUCUCCCGAUUAUCUUUUCCGACCAGAAGAGCAGGCCAUGAAGAUGCUGUUCCCUAACACUACUGAGGAAAUUGACUCCUUUGAUGAAUUUUUCAAUGAAGAGAUGUACAAGCUCGACGCGAAAACCGAGAGCAGCCCAGAACAACCGCUCGAUGUUGAACAUCUACUCGGAACUGAACCAUUAUUUGAAGACGAUUUCAGAUUACCGUCCUUUAGUGAUUCCCCAAAGCAUAACCAAUCACCUAUCCAACCCUGGCGAGAGGGGGUGUGGUGCUUGGAGCAAACCAAACAACCACGUCCUUUGGUUGUAGAGAAGACUCGAAGGGCAGAAAUAAAGAAUCCAGGCCCUGUCCAAACAAUGAAGUUCUCCAGCCGUGAUUGCGGAGAGUCGUUGCCACCUGUCGGAUUCCCUCUGAUACAACAAACAAAGAGGCUUGCAACAAGUCCAAAUUCAACGACACUCAAUACCUCGAACUUCAUUCGUCCUCCGUACUCGCGCGAAGUGACACUGUCCCCAACACCAAUGUAUUCUCAACUUCCUAUAUCACCCAAGUUUGGCCACGGCGACAUCAGCACUUGGCAGCAAGAUUUCCAGAAUUUCACUCUGCGCCAGCCUCAGGAUCACAUUUCGCAGUCCCCUCUGGUCUCGCCAUCCAGGGACAAUCGCAAGGGUGUGUCAGCUCAAAACAUGAAUAAUACGGUGGUGAAUCAAAAUAGUUCGAUUGAGAUGUCAAGCCCGACCCUUGGACAUGCUUAUAUGGCAUCUAAAUACCACCAUAGUGCGAUUGAUCCCAUCUUAUUGGAUCCGACGCAAUCAACUCAUGAUGACUAUCAACCCCAUCACAGCUAUGAAUCUCUGCCUGCGACGGAAUGCCACAACCCACUACGAUCGCCGCCUAGCGAUAGCCUGCCAUCAUCAAGCAGCUCAAACCAUUCAAGAGGAACUACCACCAAGACUGCGAAUACGAGCAUUAGCAUACACUCACAGGCGUUCCUGUCUCCAACGACCAUGACCUCUCAUCCUCCGUUACCCACACUGGCACCAGAGGAAGUCUACCCUGUCCUGGAGGCGCCAAAACCUCAAAGAGUACCCCACCAGCUCCUUCAUCAUCAACAUCAUCAUCAGACAAGUGAAGGAGCUCAACAUCUGCAGACGAUUCAAACGCAAACCAGUCUUUACGACCCACAGGCAUGCUAUUGCCUGGCUCCCAGUGAAGUCGGUAUCGCCAUGCCAUACCCAGCACCAGCACCACAACAAAUACAGCGGCAACCUGUCAACACCAGCUCCGGUCUCUCCAGUGCUCACUCUCUACCUAUAUCAUCAUACCCACCACUUCCUCCCCUCCCUCCAGCACCAGCUUAUUUAUUCCCAGACUCCUCCCCCUUUACACCACGAAAGCAGCGGCGCUCACCAUCCCACUCGACCUCGCCGCCCGUAUCACCCACCACAAAGAACAUCAUCAUCAGCCCUCGCCGCACCAAUCCUCACCACCGCUCCCCAACCCGCACAGUAACCGACUACACACACAGCCGGCGCAAAUCCAUCCAUAAGUCAAGCCCCAUUCGAGGCGUCGCCCAACAAGAACCCCCAAUACCAUCAUCGACGCAGCGCGCCCGCUCUCAUUCCCGCGCACCACGCACUCCGAAGACCCCCAAGGCCUCUUCCAAGAAUGGCGGUGGCGGCGGUCUAAUGAUCGACUUCGUGAACUUCACGCCCAAGGAUUCGGCAAAACUGCUCAGUGACGUUGCUCCAAGCGGAAGUUCUAAAACGCGCGCCCGCCGCGAAAUGCAGGCGCGCGAGAAUCGCAAGAAAUUGAGCGAGGCCGCCUUGAAGGCCGUCAAGGUCGCGGGUGGUGAUGUUUCCGUCUUUGAGAAGGCCAUCGUCAUG